CAAGCGGAGGAGGGAAAGCGGCGGGCAUUUUGGAGCCGACCCGCUGGGCGGACUUUUUUGGGAGAGGGCAUCGCCUCGGAUCGGGAACUUGCCAAACUCAGCCCACGGAAAGGCGCCGCUCGGUUGGUUUACACGCCCGGUCCCCAGCCGGGCAGGCGGAACGGGAGGGAGGCGAGCGGCAGGGAUGCAGCCGCUGUGAGUGAGCGAGUGAGAACUGCAGGGCCGGGGGGGGCGGGGGCGCGGCCGCCCCCACUCAGCACCCGGGAGAGCUCCGCCGCCUCGCCGCGCAUGCCCCGGCCCCGCCGGCGCGGAUAUAACCGCGGCGCGGGGCGGGAUCGACUCCAGCCGCGGGGACCCGCCGAGCGGGAGAGUCGCCGUCCCCAUUCCUGCCGCCGCUCCGGCAGCCCGCCCGCCGCUGCCGGCUCGGGGCUCUGGGAAAGGCUCCUGCGGACCCGGCGCCCUCCCUAGCAUGGGAUGGGCGAGCCCUGCGAGAGCGGUUCCUGCUCGCCAGCCGGCGGCAUGAAGGAAGGAGCGGACUGGGAGUCCUGGGACUCGCCACUGGGUUUGCUGGAGGGUGCCCAGAUGGGCAACAAGAGCAACAUGUCCUUCCUGCAGCUCUUCAAGAACAUCAACCUGGAGCGAGCGGACGGGAUGCAGGGGGACAGCUCUGAUGUGGUGCGGAUUGUCAUCUCACUGGUGUACUCUGUGGUGUGCGCCAUGGGGCUGGUGGGCAACCUGCUGGUGCUCUACCUGAUGAAAAGCAAACAAGGCUGGAGAAAGUCCUCCAUCAACCUCUUUGUGACUAGCCUGGCAGUGACUGACUUCCAGUUUGUGCUGACCUUGCCAUUCUGGGCAGUGGAGAACGCACUGGACUUCAACUGGCUCUUCGGCAAGGCAAUGUGUAAGAUCGUCUCGUAUGUGACAGCUAUGAAUAUGUAUGCCAGUGUCUUCUUUCUCACUGCCAUGAGUGUGGCUCGAUAUCGCUCUGUGGCUUCAGCCUUGAAGAAUCAGCGGCGAGGUGACCCACUGGGUGGCUGCUGCUCUGCCAAGUGGCUUUGUGCACUCAUCUGGCUGUUAGCUAUCCUAGCUUCCCUGCCUCAUGCCAUUUUUUCCACCACUGCCACCGUAUUUGAUGAUGUGCUCUGCCUUGUCAAGUUCCCCGAGGGCCGAGGCAGCAAUGCCCAGUUCUGGCUGGGUCUGUACCACAUCCAGAAGGUGCUCCUGGGCUUUGUGGUGCCACUGGCCGUCAUCAGCCUCUGCUACUUGCUCCUGGUGCGCUUCAUCAGUGACAAGCAUGUUGGCAGCACCUGCAGUGGCCCCAGCACCAAGCGCCGCUCCAAAGUGACUAAGUCAGUGUCCAUCGUGGUGCUGUCCUUCUUCUUGUGCUGGCUGCCUAACCAAGCACUCACAACGUGGGGCAUCCUCAUCAAACUCAACGUAGUGCACUUCAGUACCGAGUACUUCCUCUCCCAAGUGUACCUGUUCCCCAUCAGCGUGUGCCUGGCACACUCCAACAGCUGCCUCAAUCCCAUCCUCUACUGCCUCAUGCGCAGGGAGUUUCGAAAGGCACUGAAGAGCCUCCUCUGGAGGAUCACCUCACCUUCCCUCACCACCAUGCGUCCUUUCACCGACACCACCAAGCCUGAGCAGGAGGAGCAGGCCCUGCACGCCUUGGUGCCUGUCCACCCUGUUACUGCUGCUUCUCCUGCUGCAAAUGUUCAGCCGGAGGUGGCCUACUACCCCCCUGGGGUGGUGAUGUACAGCAGCCGCUAUGACCUGCUGCCUGCCAGCUCCACGGAGCAGCAGUGCUGAGAUGGGCAGGGGGUUCUGGGGGGUGGGACUGUGGGGUCCAUUCAAGAUGUGGCCCUGGGAUAUUGAAUGCCUGGUAGGGACAAAGGGAGGAGGUAUGUGUAAAGAAGGGAUUCUGUGUGAAAGAUAUGCUUUGGAGGUUGUGCCUGCUCUCAGAAGCUUGUUGGUGGAAAUUGUUUUCUUGAAAAUGUCCCCCAGACUGGAGAACAGGAGUAGGAGGAGGCAAUGGUGGUCCACUGGGGAUUGGAGUAUCUCUAGGAGAUGCUUUUAGUGUUUGUAUGUGUUCUGGGGAAGAGGAACUGGGGAGGGUGAUGGGACUCCAGUCAGGGGGGAUACAGGAUGUGAAAGGCAUUGUAGGGAGGAGAGGGGCUGGGUGGGUUGGAGCAAGGCUGGGAGGCCUCCGCUCUGUCACUCCAACCUGCAGGUGCAAGUAGCAAAGGGCCAGCAGCCCUCACAGCCCUGUGUGUGUGUUUGUGGCAGGCGGAGGGAGCUGGGCUGCUUUCUCACUGCUGCGUAGCAUUGUAAAUAGUGCCAGCCUGACUAUGGUCCCUGCCCCCCGGGCUCCAGUAGGGGCACAGGGAUCAGGCAGCCUAUGUCCUGUUUCACACCUGCCUUGGUGGAACAGCCAGGACAAGUGGGUACAAGGCUCCUGCUUGUUCAGGCUUGGCUCCUUUCCCCUCUCUUAGGGACCCAGAAAAGAGAGGGGACAAGGAGCACUGUGGGCCCCUCCAGAUUUGUGCAGGAUCUGCUUUUCUAGCUCCCCCCAUCCCCUCUGCUGCUGCCAGGACACAGAGCAACCCUGAUAGCUAAGGAGAAAGCCAAGUACAAGAACUUGCAGCUUCAUGAAGAGGUGUUGCUUUGCCUGGUUUUGGAGUGGAUGAGGUCAGACCCCUGAUACAGUGUUCACCAUCCUCUCUUCAGGCUGAUGCGGGAGAACCCACAGUCCCAAACUGUGUGUGGCAAGAGAGAUGUCUCUCCCAGGGCACUGAGGCUGCAUGUUUCUGUCUUGCUGCACUUCAGACUGUUCGUAUUUCACUCCAGCACAACUGUAAACUAAAAAAAAAAAAACAAAUAAAAAAAAUAAAAAGGGGGCAGGGAGGAAAAUAAACAAAUCAUAGCCACUUCAAGCUGCUUGCUCGGGGAUACUUCUAGGUUCAACUGAAACCAAGCACAAAGCUUUUCUGUUCUGUGAAAGUGUUUGUUAAGGGUCUGCACUGAUACUUGCCAGUGUUUCAGUCAACUCCAGUUCAAUUCCUCUGGUGUGAGGAGCCCUAGAGCCUGCAGGUCACUGCUUUUGCACCCUGGAGAAUGGCAGGGACAAUGCCUGUCCCAGCCUGUGUUCCAGAGAAACAACUGGGAAAUAACUAGGUGUUGACCUGAAAGAAACUUUUAAGGGCAUGAAAAAAGCAUAAUUUUAAGCUGUGAAACUUUUUAUGGUAAGCUUAUGUAUUUACUUUUUUUUUUUUUUUAAUUAGGAAUAAAAAUAAUUUAAAAUGGAAAGAUAAAAAUAUUUCUUUUAAAAGAUGAAAAAUUCAACAAUUCUGCUUUUGUUGUCAAAACACAAGUUCAUUAAUCCCAAAUACUGCAAAUGGGAAGAAUAUACAAACACAAUAUUCAACGUCCCUCUCUAUUUCUAGCCCCUUACCCUGGAGCCUAACUCCAAUAUCUGCUUGACUCUGCUAAAAAAAAACAUUUCUGCAGAGGGUUGUUUGUCACCUCUAAGUACUGAUGUGGAGAAAACUUGCUGUUUCUCUCCAGAGAAAAUUGCUGUGCUGUUAGUGGCAAUUAUGCUUUGCAGACUCUGAUAGGUUUAUUGUAUGUGUUGGUAACUCCUGUUGUAAAAUUCAGGUUUGGACUGGAAGCAGCUGGUUCUGCUACUUGUAAGAAGAAGCUGUUCUGUAUUUUCAAGGCAGAAGAGAUUUCUACUACAGCCUUGGGAGCUUGCUAACUGGGAAGAUACAUGUGCCUGGAGAAGAACCGCAGAAGCAAGCUGGCAGCUGAUGUACAUACUUAUACAGAUGCAAAGACUCUGAAGAAAUCAGAUAUAUCCACGGAAGAACUUGAGCUUCUAAGUACUGUACAACUGCCCCUCUAAGUUCCUAAGUCCUGACUUGGCUGCCAGUUGAAGUCUGUAGGUACUUAAAGGUUUUUUCCUAGUAAAUUUUUUUGUGCCUAGAAGUCUGCUCCUGAGCAUGCCUAAAUCUGCUUAUGUCUGUAGCACUUACCUCUGUGCUUCAUGGGGAUCUCUCAGUCAGGACUGUCCUCAGUGUGUAUCUGAAGUGAGGGAGGCAGCUCUGCAUCCCAACACAGACCACAUGGUGCCAGGCCACACUAAGGAGGGGCUGUAAACUUAACUCAUUCCCCCCAUCCUUUUGCAUGUAUGUACAGAUGUGCUGCUUCUGUCCCACCUUCAAUGCAUGUGCAGAUUAUGCUCCUUCCUUUUCUCUUUUGAAAUGCUAAAUAAGUGGGCAGAGCUUUUGCCCAUAGCCUAGGAAACUCAGCUUCCCCCCUUGCACAUCCCUGGGGAAUGACUGAAUCUCUGGUCUACUCCAUGUAUGUGCUCAAGUCCUCUGGCUUGAAACAGUUCCCUGUCGCAUGAGUUGCUCACUGUUGCUUGGUCAUAAAGGGAAAACAAGCCCUUGAACACUGUCUUGGAGCAUAGUGGUUGGGUGUAACCCCUGAAGAGGAAGUGCCAAGAUUUUUUACCUUGUAAACACAGAUGAGGAUAUUGGAUCCAGGCCUGGAUUCUAGGUCUCCCCUUUCCGAGAACAAUGAUUAACUUGCUCUCAGGUCCUGGUUCAGUUAAAGUUUCAGUAAGCCAUGCAAGAGCCUGAGAGCUUUCUAGACCUAUAAAUCUAGCAGCCCAAUGUGUCAAAGCAUUUGCAAGAAAUGCAUCUGAGUCUCGCAUGUUCUGGGAGAAAGCCCUAAUGCCUGUGCUAGCAGAUGAAGAAAGCUACACAGCUGUAUGAGAAAAGGAUGUCUCCUUUUCACUUAGCUCCAGAGUUCAGAGAGAUCUAACCAUGUCUAAAUGGGCCAGAAGAAAGUACCUAAAUUAAGAAAAGUGAAUGUGUCUCAAAGCCAGACUCUCUUCUUAGUGUUUGCUUUUGAACAGCAUAGUUUCUUACUUGGCUUGCUGGAAUUUUAAUCCCUAUCCUGAUGCUUAAAUGUUCUUGUACAUUACAUAAAAAGCUUUCCAGGUGUCUAAAGCAUAACUAUGAAUGUCUAUAGAUAGGAAAUUGCCUAAAAGACAUCCUCUGUGCUGCUCAGCCUAACAAAACCUGUGUGCUUUUGUGGACGUCAAUGCAGACAUAAUUUUACGCCAGCAAAACAACACAGUAAAAUAGAUGGUGUUCAGAACAACCCACAGCUAGGCCAUAAUGCUAGCAAGGUACCAUGCUCAGAGGAAGCCGCAGGUAUCUGAUCACUAAAGACAUGAAAACUUGACAUUUUGCAAAUCACCCAAAUAGAAAAAUACCUUGAGGGACUGGUCUAUGAACUUAGACAGCAGCUCUUUCUUAAGCCACUGAUCAGGUGUAGGUCAUGAGUUCAAAAAAGGCACAAUCCACCCAUUGAGCAAAUGUUGGUUUAGGCCAGAUUGGCAGGUCAGGCUGUGCAGGUCAGUGUGCGCCCAGCAUGGCCAAAGAACACUGCUCCAGCUGCAUAUGAGCAGAGGGAAAUUCUGUUUCACAUGUGCUGCAAGUCCCAGCUAUUUGUACAUGAGGUCUGCGCUCUGUAGCAUGGGCAGGGGCACCAGCCUGGACAUCGCGAGGAAGGGGCAGCUGCUCUGAGUGUGCACAUCAGGCCUGUGGCCUGGACAGAAGGUCUUUAAAGCUCCAGUUUUGAGACUACGUGUUAACUACAACAAAUUCUGCUGGGUAUCUGGUGGUUUCAUAAGUAAUCAGCACAAGAUGCUUCAAAACCACUUGCGUUCCCUUCAAAUGUUCAUGUCUUCAUUUGUAACAAUUGCCUUUUCAUGGACUAAAAUAAAGACAGCUGAAGGAUGCAAAACAA